CAGAACCCCUUCGAGCUGGCCUUCUCUCUAGACCAGCCCCACCACGGAGACUCUGACUUUGGCCUGCAGUGCUCAGCCCGCCCUGACAUGCCCGCCAGCCAGCCCAUCGACAUCCCGGACGCCAAAAAGAGGGGCAAGAAGAAGAAGCGUGGCCGGGCCACCGACAGCUUCUCGGGCAGGUUCGAAGACGUCUACCAGCUGCAGGAGGAUGUGCUGGGGGAGGGCGCUCAUGCCCGAGUGCAGACCUGCAUCAACCUGAUCACCAGCCAGGAGUACGCUGUCAAGAUCAUUGAGAAACAGCCAGGCCACAUUCGAAGCAGGGUUUUCCGGGAGGUGGAGAUGCUGUACCAGUGCCAGGGACACAGGAACGUUCUAGAGCUGAUUGAGUUCUUUGAGGAGGAGGACCGCUUCUACCUGGUGUUUGAGAAGAUGCGGGGAGGCUCCAUCCUGAGCCACAUCCACAAGCGCCGGCACUUCAACGAGCUGGAGGCCAGCGUGGUGGUGCAGGACGUGGCCAGUGCCUUGGACUUUCUGCACAACAAAGGCAUCGCCCACAGGGACUUAAAGCCGGAAAACAUCCUGUGUGAGCACCCCAAUCAGGUCUCCCCCGUGAAGAUCUGUGAUUUCGACCUGGGCAGCGGCAUCAAACUCAACGGGGACUGCUCCCCUAUCUCCACCCCGGAGCUGCUCACCCCGGUGAGGGCCCGCGGGCAGGCCUGGGGGCUCGGCUGCCUGCUCUACGGGUCUCGUGGUGGUUGGGGUCCUGAUGGAGCCACAUGUCAGUGCACAGUAUCCAGUUCCUUGGGCAGAUCUAAGCUCGUCUGUGUCCUGUGUCCCCAGAACAUGCUGUUUGAGAGCAUCCAGGAGGGCAAGUAUGAGUUCCCUGACAAGGACUGGGCCCACAUCUCCUGCGCUGCCAAAGACCUCAUCUCCAAGCUGCUCGUCCGUGACGCCAAGCAGAGACUGAGCGCUGCCCAAGUCCUGCAGCACCCCUGGGUUCAGGGGUGCGCCCCGGAGAACACCUUGCCCACUCCGAUGGUCCUGCAGAGGAACAGCUGUGCCAAAGACCUCACAUCCUUCGCGGCCGAGGCCAUUGCCAUGAACCGGCAGCUGGCCCAGCACGACGAGGACCUGGCUGAGGAGGAGGCCGCAGGGCAGGGCCAGCCCGUCCUGGUCCGAGCUACCUCACGCUGCCUGCAGCUGUCUCCACCCUCCCAGUCCAAGCUGGCGCAGCGGCGGCAAAGGGCCAGCCUGUCCUCGGCCCCCGUGGUCCUGGUGGGAGACCGUGCCUGACCCUCCCGUCUCUCCCCUUUGUACAUAGGUCGCCCAUCCCCCAAUCAAAUCUAAAGGUUUUUUAAGCUAUCGCCAGCCAGUGUCCUGCGGGCUGCCCCACCUCUGGCUGGAUUCCCAGGCACUAAGCUCAGCUGGGGGGGCGUUUUAUAGAAGGUUUUUGCUUUUGGGUUUUUCUUUCCCGUUUCCACCCCUCCCCCUUAUUUUUUCCUUCGGACGGUUAAAAGCAAUGCAGGCACCCGGGGAGGUGAGCAGAGGGUAUGUGGCUGGGCUUGUCCCCUUCCCGGCCCCUAGCCCUGCUCACCUGUACUGUGAAGCCCCCAGGUCACCUGUACUGCCCGCCAUCUGCCCACGUGGCUUGCAGUGACUCAGGAGAGCAGACCACAGCGUUCGCCAUCUUCCAGAGCUGGGGAGGGGCCCAGGGCCCUGCCCCUGUGUUCCCUCCCAGCCCGCAGUAUUUCAGGGACAGGCUCUUCCCCUCUAUCCCUCACCCUGAGAGCACCCCUGGUGGCUUGGUUGGGGAGGGAGGACCUGCCUGUCUCCAGAGGGGCCAGGCAGGCAGGUGGAGGGCAGCCACCCGCCCCAUGGGAUCCCCCAGCCCUUUACCCGCGCCUGCCUUGUCCCCAUGAUAGUUGACAAUCGGGGCUUCCUGCAAGGCCUGUCUGUCUACCCAGGACUCCUGGUGGCCAGAUUUGGUCUCCAACCUUGACCUUAAACUGCAGCUGACCCCAGGGGCUCGCCGCUGCCCCUCUCCACCGCUCCAGGGCCUGAGACAGCAGGAGCCCCGCCCGGCCUGAGGCUGUUUCCACCGCAGCAGGCAGAGGGACUGGACAGGCACUGUCAGCCAAUGUGGGGGGUCCUGAAGACACCCCCUUGGGGCAACCGAGUGCCCCUUCUCAGGGCUCAGUCUGACCGUGGCCACGUCCUGCCUCGCGCCGCCCCUUGAGCCUGGCCUGGAAGCUCUGUCAGCUCCGUCCUUGUCCUUAGAGCUGGGCCCAGACCCCAGGGUCUGGCCGAAUCCCCGCCCCCAGGGCAGCGUUUUUGGUCUGCCACCUUCAGGAAAAUGGCCGCGGCCUUGGCCUCCCUUCGGGCACCCAGGAAUGGAGGGGCCUGCUCAGUCCCCCCACCCUCCACGCCCCAACCCCUGGGGGCUGCGGAGCCUGCCGCCCCUCCCGGCGGGUGGGGACGUUCUAUGCAAUACAGGGUUCCACUUUGGAAGUGUGCGGGGCUGUGCUGCGGGGGCAGCUAGGGUCACCACCCGCCCUUCCCAGCCCAGUCCCCAGACUCCACGCCUGGGGCAGCCCCCUCUGGCUUCUAAAUCCGCGGUCGGGAUUCCUUGUGUUUAGCUUUUUAGUUGUUUUUUUUUUUAAGGAAAAAAAAACAUCGGUUGACUUUGCUUCCCUGUUCUUGAAGAAUACUUGAAUGUCGGGGGGUCUGGGGGUGGGGGCCUCGGAGACCGUCCGCCUGGCCCUGCUGCCCCUCCCGAAUCUCGUACGAUGGUCACAGUCCGGUGGCCGUGGGGGUGCUCUGCCCUCCCUGGUCCCCACUGCCCAUAUCUGUGGACUGCCCCUUCCAAAGACCCCUGGGGGGUGGGGCAGGCCGCCCGCCCCCCUCCCCCAUCAUGUCUCGCCUGUCAGUAAUUCUGUGUUUUGUAACGGGGGAUUCUCUGCCUUUUUGUAUAAAAGAACAAGCAAACAGACCCCCGCCCGCUGCAGGCGCCCACAGCCAUCGCGUCUGAGCUGCUAGCAGCUUUUUUUUUUUUUUCUGAAGGUGGGACAGUCAUUUUCUCCUCCCUCCCCACCCCUGUCGCAUCCAUGUGCGACCUGGAGGACUGGUCAGAACCAUUACUGUGAAUGAGUGAAGAUCCUGGAGAACCCUGGGCCCCAGGCCAGCUCCCAGCGCUGGGGGACGGUGAACGGCCAUGUGUUAAUGUUACGAUGUUUUUAAAAGACAAAAAAAAAAAAAAAAAAAAACCUCAAAGUUUUUUUUAAGUGGGGGAAAAACAUCCAAGCACUUUAAUUCCAUUGUACCAGGUGAACUGACGGAGCUCAGAAGUUUUCCUUUACACCAACUGUCAAUGCCGGAAUUUUGUAUUCUGUUUUGUAAAGAUUUAAUAAAAGUCAAAAAACCUGC